CCUACUUUUCAAUUAAUUUCAUAAUUUCUGCUCGCUCUCGUUCGCAACUCACAAGUCUUGUCAGUCUGCGCGAGAGUGUGGUGCAGAAAGGAGGCAGAUUGCUGGCAAGUCUGGCUGAAAAUGGCGGAAGCCACAGGUGCGUCAAGUGUUAACCCGAAUGCUGAAGUUGUUAGAGGCCAGAUUUUCGAAGUGGGGCCACGGUACACCAACCUCGCGUACAUAGGCGAAGGCGCCUAUGGAAUGGUCGUAUCUGCUUAUGAUACAGUAACGAAAACCAAAGUGGCAAUUAAGAAGAUAUCUCCCUUUGAACAUCAGACCUACUGUCAAAGGACCCUCAGAGAAAUCAAAAUACUAACCAGGUUCAAACAUGAAAAUAUAAUCGAUAUUAGAGAUAUACUUCGAGCAGUGACGAUAGACCAAAUGAAGGAUGUGUAUAUCGUACAAUGUUUGAUGGAGACUGACCUUUACAAACUUCUCAAAACACAGAGACUGAGUAACGAUCACAUUUGUUACUUCCUUUACCAGAUUCUUCGGGGUUUGAAGUACAUACAUUCGGCAAACGUACUUCACAGAGACUUGAAACCAAGCAAUCUCUUACUGAAUACUACCUGCGAUCUCAAGAUAUGUGAUUUUGGUUUAGCCAGAGUGGCUGACCCUGAUCACGAUCAUACAGGGUUCCUCACAGAGUACGUGGCAACAAGAUGGUACAGGGCACCGGAAAUUAUGUUGAAUUCCAAGGGUUACACAAAAUCGAUAGACAUAUGGUCUGUCGGCUGUAUUUUGGCUGAAAUGUUGGCCAACAGGCCCAUAUUUCCCGGCAAACACUAUUUAGAUCAGCUCAACCAUAUACUGGGCGUGCUGGGGUCCCCUUCACAAGAAGAUCUCGACUGCAUCAUCAACGAAAAGGCUUUGGAUCUGCUGGAUAAAAUGUUGACGUUCAAUCCCCACAAGAGGAUCGGCGUGGAAGACUCGUUGGCACAUCCUUAUCUUGAACAGUAUUAUGAUCCUGCUGAUGAAGUAGAAUGCUCUGGACAGUUGGUGUAUGCCGUGAAUUGUGGAGGUGAUUCACACACCGAUUCCUAUGGAGUAAGGUAUGAAAGAGAUCCUCUGCAUGGUAGAAUCGGAAUUGCCUCUGAUUUCGGGAAAAGAUUGCUCAUCGGCAGAGUACCUGACAACGAUCACAUUCUAUAUCAGACCGAGAGAUAUCACACCAACACCUUUGGCUAUGACAUACCAAUCAAUUCAGAUGGAGACUAUGUAUUGGUUCUGAAGUUUUGCGAAGUGUACUUCAAUGCUCCUGAUCAGAAAGUGUUUGAUGUUGUGCUGAAUGGUGAUCAUACCAUAGUUGCUGAUCUGGAUAUAUUUGAGAAGGUUGGAAGAGGGGUAGCUCAUGAUGAAUAUGUUCCCUUCAAGAUUUCCAAAGAUCGCCUCCUCAUAAAUGGUGAAGAUUCAGAAAUAAGGGGAGGUAGAAUUCGUGUAGAGUUCAUCAAGGGAUACAAGGAUAACCCUAAAAUUAAUGCUAUGUAUGUUAUCAAAGGCACUCUUGAUGAUAUUGUAAAACUGCCACCCAUUCCUAUGGAACCCAGUCCCAUUGAGGAAGCCAGAGAAGAACCUGAAGUCAUUCCAAAAUCUAGGAGGCCUAGUGGUCCCAAGCAACCAGAUCCUUAUACCAUGGACGAUUCUUCACUCAUGUUGCCUAUUUUUAUAGCAAUUGGAGCUUUCAUACCAUUAUUGUUCUGUUUAUGCAAGCUGUGAUGGAAUUGCUAGGUACUUAGUAAUUUGUGAUUUUUUGACUGUAUAAACUUGAUGUUGAAAUACCUACUAUCUUCUAUUAGGACAUUUACAACCCAAUAAAUAGAAGAAUAUAAAAUAUAUAUAUGAAUAUAAUAUUAAUUUAAAUGAACAGUUUUAUACAGCAAAAAAUGGGGUAAUUUUUGUUCUUCAUCAUCAGUUUGUUGGGAAUCAAGAUAUGACUAAUUUCCAAUUUGACAGGUGAUACAUAAUUAUCACUUGAAGAUUUGUGGUCGGUCAAAAACUUGUAUUGUGGGAAAAUUUUCAGAUAACUGACAGUAUUAUUGUUUUGGAAUAAACUUACUGUUAAACUUCCGUACUUAGGUUUUUUGUGUAAUUCUGAUAGGAUUUGUCUUUUAUGGAAUAGGAUAUUGUUAUUGAGACUUAGAGCAAAUAUAAGACUUUGGGAUAAUAAAUAAUUAUUUAUUAUGUUU